UAGAUGCAGUUACAUCACCGAUUGCAAUUCCUCAGAGGAAGGAGUCAGGCUAUUUGGGACUGUACUCAGAGCUUACAAGAAUGAGAUGUUCUUAAUGGUGUAUGUAUUGGCAAACUGGACAAUGAAAGGACAUUUAAUUGAUUGUUGCUAUUGAGACCAAGGGGCAUAGUUUCAGAAUUAGGAUGAGGGGGAUUUCUCCUCUCAAAGGCUGAUGAUUCUCGGUAAUGUUCUACCUCCCAGAACUGUGAAACCGUGAAGGUGGCGUCAUUGAUCGUGGUGGGGGCCAGGAUUAGAAACAAUUUUACAAAUAAGGUUUAAGGGACUAACCGGCCUAUUCCCAUUACUGUUUCUAAUGUUGCAAACACCCGGGAAGUUAUUUGUGCUUUUGGUAAGAGACUGAUUGGUACCGAAUCCGAGAAAUUCAAGCAAACCAUUCUUAGAAAUACGCAAGCGGAUUCGGGAGUCAAAAGUGCAUUUCAGAGAUUUGGGAAAAUUGGGAGGCUGGAGGGGGAGAAGAGGCUCUAUUAAUUUAUCUGAGCUACUUUUACAUGGUUUUAUCCCUGUAACACUGUUACAUUCUUUCUUCAGCUCCUGAAAGCACCACAAUUUUGCUGCUGUUUGUUUCGCAAUCAGAUUUCAACGAUGGCUCACAAACAAACCUGACCUUGUCAAGGGCUCCUGGGCGGGCUCUGAGGAGCAAAGGGCACGUUAACCGAGUGCUCCGCCUUGAGAGGACGGUUCCCCACCCCCAGUGGCGUCUGCAACACUGUGAGCGACCGUCCGUGCGGAUAGCGUGAGCCAGUCCGCUCCCCAGACCGUGUCCGGAUCGGACCGGGACGAGGGGACGAAUCGCCGCCGGGUGCAGGAGAAGCCGAGCUCGCCGACGCAGUGAAAAGCGGGGGGGCCCUGUGCUGGUGGAAGGCAGAGGCGAUGUGACGGCAGGCCAGCCUCUCUCCCCCCCCCCCCACUUUUUUCCCUCAAUCACUUUAAAGAGAAGAGCAGCGGAGGCGGUCGGUGCAGCCCAGCCGUCCUUCGCGGAGCUGAUUCGUGCUCGCUGCCGCCCGUAACCCAACCUCCUUCCCCGGCGCUGGUGCUCCACCGAGCAGCCACAGCUACUUCUGCAACCCCGCCCACUCCCCCGUCUCUGUCUAAUAAGGAAGAAGCUUGUGUGUGUGAGCAGAAGCAGAAGCGGAGUUUGCGCUUUUCAGUCGUCUUUCUUCGAUUAACCUGUGCUCUGGCCCACUGACUGCCACGCUCCUCGGAGCCCCGCUGAAUUACUUUUAAGACAAAGAUCUUGGGAGGGAGGGAGGGAGGGGGGGUCAAGAGAAGCGAACAUUCCCAAUCGAGGGAGAGAGAAGGUUCCUGCGCCCUUGUUUUCCCAGAUGAACUCAAACAGUAUUUACGCCAGCCGUAAGCGGCGAAAGCCAGUUCAGAAGAGCAUAAAAUCCACGGCACCUGAAGGAGCAAAGUCAAAUCCAUCCAAAAGGCAUCGGGAUCGACUGAAUGCAGAGCUAGAACGACUAGCCAACCUCUUGCCUUUCCCACAGGAUGUUGUAUCGAAAUUGGACAAGCUCUCUGUUCUCCGGCUCAGUGUCAGUUAUCUCCGAGCUAAAAGUUUCUUUAAUGUUACAUUGAAAUCUAAUGGGAAUGGUAUCCAUGAAAAUUGUGUACAACCUCAACCAAGAGAGCAUCUUCAAGAAGGAGAACUUCUGUUGCAAGCUCUCAAUGGAUUUGUGCUGGUAGUAACAGCUGAAGGCUUAAUUUUUUACACGUCUUCUACCAUUCAGGACUAUCUAGGAUUUCACCAGUCUGAUAUCAUCCAUCAGAGUGUAUUUGAGUUGAUCCAUACUGAAGAUAGAGCUGAAUUUCGACGACAGCUCCAUUGGGCUCUGAACCCAGAACCAAAUGUUGAAUUGGGCAAAGAGCAUCCAGGUGAAAAUGGACUUUCAAUGCCCAUGAGUCAUUAUAGUCCCGAGCAGCUUCCCCCAGAAAAGUCACCAUUUUUGGAAAGAAACUUUGUAUGCAGGUUAAGAUGUCUCCUGGAUAAUUCAUCUGGAUUUCUGGCUAUGAAUUUUCAAGGUAGACUCAAGUUUCUUUAUGAACAGAAUAUGAAGGGAAAAGAUGGCUCAAUUAUCCCCCCACAGUUGGCCUUGUUUGCGGUAGCAACCCCUCUGCAGCCUCCAUCCAUUUUGGAGAUCCGAACCAAAAAUUUAAUUUUCAGAACCAAACACAAAUUAGACUUCACACCAAUGGGCUGUGAUGCUAAAGGGAAGAUAGUCCUGGGUUACACAGAUGCUGAAUUAUGCAUGCGCGGAACGGGCUAUCAGUUUAUUCAUGUAGCUGACAUGAUGUACUGCGCAGAAAGCCACGUCCGAAUGAUGAAGAAAGGGGAAAGUGGAAUGACUGUCUUCAGGCUUUUGACCAAAGAGAAUAGGUGGACUUGGGUGCAAGCAAAUGCACGACUGGGAUACAAAAAUGGAAAGCCAGAUUAUAUUAUAGCCACACAAAGACCUCUCACUGAUGAGGAAGGGGAAGAGAAUUUGCAAAAACGAACUCUGCAGUUGCCUUUUAAUUUUGCAACUGGAGAAGCAUUACUAUAUGAAGGAAACUGUACAAUACUUGGAUUAACAGAUCCUACAAGUAGUCAGAUCACUCACACAACAGAAACAUUAAGAAAGCAGGAAUCAAUAGAUCCAAGCUCCCUUCUUGGUGUCAUGUUAAACCAAGAUAAAUCACUGUAUGUGUCUGAUCCUUCACAACAUCAAAAAUGUGAUCUUGAGAAGGCCUUUUUUAAUGAGAGUAAAGGUACAGAAUUAAGUGAUGUCCAUCUAAGUGGUUGGGAAGAACUUUUGUUCAAUGAAGAUAACAGUAUUAGGAAUAUCAAUUGCAUGCAGCAGCAAAAGACAUUCCCUGCUCCUGAAAAUAAUGUUGAUAUUUUGGCAAAUAACAUUAGCAGUGAACUUUAUAACACUAUGAAAGACCUUGAUAUAAAAUUAGAAGACUUUGAUCUCAUAUGCCAGGAUGAGACAUUCCUGAGGGUUCAUUGGGAUGAGGCUGGAGACAUUAAUAACAUUACACUGAAUGAUGAAAUUCUAAGUUAUGUUCAGGAAUCACUGAAGAGGAGGUCAGACUGCAUGUUUUCAAGCUGUAUGUCAGAGAAACCAUUUAAUUCAAACUUAGACUGCAAGAUGCAGCAACAACCUCAAUCACAACUCUUGCAACAGCAGCAGCAACCCCAAUUUCCAACACACAUGCAGCAACAGCAACCACUACCAGUGCAACACCUGCAGUGGACACUUCCAGUGCAGCAACAGCUGCCACUGCCAGUGGAACACCUGCAACAGCCACUUCCAGUAAAGCAGCAACAGCAGCUGUUACCAGUGCAACAUCUGCAACAGCCACUACCAGUGGAACACCUGCAACAGCCACUUCCAGUAAAGCAGCAACAGCAGCCGUUACCAGUGCAACAUCUGCAACAGCCACUUCCAGUAAAGCAGCAACAGCAGCCGUUACCAGUGCAACAUCUGCAACAGCCACUUCCAGUAAAGCAGCAACAGCAGCAGCCACCAUCAGUGCAACAUCUGCAGCAGCCACUUCCAUGGCAAAGCUUGCAACAUCCCCAACAACCUUCAUUUCAGCACUUACAACAGAAGCAGCCACAACAAGCGACACAACACUUGUUGCAGCAGCAACCUCAAAUCCAAAAAUAUGUGCAGCAGCCACUUCCAUCACAACAUUACCAACAAGAGCAAAAACAAGCUCAAAUGCAGCAUUAUCAGCAUCAGCAGCAGCUGUGCCAGAAGAUGAAGCUCAUGAAAGUCAAUGGCCUUCUCUCAAACUGGAACUCUGGCAGUGAAAGUCUUGUGAACGAUCAGGGAAAGCAGUUUGGGUUGUCUGGUUCAGACAGCACUUCAUCAGGGUUCCAGUAUAAAUCUGAGCUUAACGUUACCAGCUCAGCAUGUCCACAAGCCACUGCAUACCAUCGGAGAGCUGCUGAGUUAAACCAACAUUCUGACUUCAGCCAGAUAGAUGUGCCAGUUGAUGGGUUUCAUAUACAGAACAGUAAUGCAGUUAAUGGCCUGGAGGACUACCUGGAUUGCAUACAGCAGCAAUCAAGGAAACGAGACUGUGGUGCUAUAAACCCUUCAAUGGAUUUAAUUUCGUCACAGGCAUGUUACACAGGUGCCAUGUCAGUGAUUCCGUGUCUAAUGGAAAGUGGUUUAUCCUGUAUAGAUACAAUGCAAUUCAAUCAAAUGGAUUCAGGCCAACAGGAAUUUUUACCCAAGAUCCAAACAGGAUGCAAUGAUGGAAACAGGAAUGAAGUUUAUCCAAGUAUAUUUGGUAACAGAAAUUACACAGACACAUAUCUUCAGGCUCCACAUAAUCAUCUGAGAGAUCCUGGAUCUUACUCAAAUCAACCAUCAAGUGACAUUAUAUAGGCAACCAUGGAAAUUUCUGUCCAGUGACAACAAGUGCGGCAGUAUUUUUUGUGGUGCUUGCUGAAGGAACUGACAUUUGUAUGUAGAAUGUGAACGAGCAAGAGACUGUACUGGAUCUUGUUAUGGGCUCUCUAGUCUUCAAGUACUAUGAUGACCUUUUCAAGCUGGAAUUCCAGUUUGGUUCCUGCAUGUACUUUUGCUCCAAAAUUCAUAUUGAAAGUGACAAAAGUUCUUUCACAUUGAAUGAGCUCUAUUGAAAUGGUUGGACUUGGAGAUGUGGUAUAAUUUUAAAAUAACCUACUUUUACAACUGUAGUAGCUGGUUAUUCCAGUAUGCUAAAAGUAAAAAGGUUGUGUAUGGAUUUGCCAGAUGCACUUUUGCCAAAUGGAUUUGGUCUUUCCAGGACUGUGCAUGUAAGAUAAGAUUAUGACAAUCAUUUUCCCUUUUCACCUGCCUGCUCACGACUAAACACAUUAUAGCACUUCUUUUUAAAAAAAGUAGUAACACAAAGACAGUCUGCUGCAUGGAAAUGAAAUUAAGGUAUUUUUUUUAAACUUAUGUAGGGCAGUUGGCAGUAAAUAUAAAAGACAUUUGUUUCUCUUUGUCUUUAGUUGAUACAAUCCUAAAUGUGGUAAUUCCCAUUCAUGGUGAUGGUGUUAUACAAGUUUGCAUCCCAAUGACUCCUAACAUCUGACACCAUUUAUGACUUUUUCAAAACUUCUGAGCCACCAACUAACAUGUUAUAACAGAAGGUUGAAGAACCCUGGAGUAACUUUCCUUAAAACUAAUAAAACAGCUGUAAAUGUUGGUGACAAAAAGGUACCCUGCAGAUACUGCAUAAGUAGAAUUCAGAAUAGGGAGCACUGGAAUAGUUGAUAGGAAGACUCAGAUCAAUAAUUAGGUUAAUUCAAAAUAAUAUCUGAAGAGUUUUAAAUCACUUUAUAACCUUUUGAAAAACUUGCAUACAAUUUGUGUUAAUUGCAUAUUUUAUUUGGAACUAAGUUAUUUCCAUUCCACAAAAAUGGUUGAGUUAUGAUAAAUUGUUCAGAGUCUCAACAAAUAUUUAAUAUUUGGGAUUAUCACUGAACACAAUAGCUAUGGAAGCAUUUUCUCCCACUCCCAUUUAUGUAAGAGUCACUAAAAAAAAAUACCAAUAAUAGUAUCGAUAUUUUUCCUAUUACGCACAUGUCAUAACAAUGACCAAUAUUUCCACAACUUAUCUUGUGAAAAAAUAUCAAAUAACAAAUCACCUUCCAGGAAUUAUUACACAGUGAGGUCUUUUAUCAGUUACUGGAAAGUCUAUGCCUGAUCCCAGGAUCCAUGAUAUGGUCAUGUUUAUUUAAUUUAAAGAAAACAAUUAUGCAGCUAUCUGGUUUAUAAUCAGGUAGUUUUGCAGGUUUUGACAUGUAGUUAGCUCUGGCACAUGUGGUGUGCAUGCCACGUGUAGCAAGACAGUAUUGAGGAUUAUUACAUGGGAUUCCCCAUUAUGAUUUGUACUUAAAUGAGAGAGCUAGUAUGUUCUUCCAUGAGUACCAAGCCUUAGUUAUUACUAACUACCCUUUGUAUAUUGCACUCUUUUAGGAGAAUAAAACAUUUAAAGUAAAGGCUCUUAUUGGUUCAGUGAGAAAUUACAAAGAACUACAGUACAAUUUUUGCUUUAGUUAUUAGAAGCUAUAAUGUACAGUUUAUCAAAAAUAUAAUUUUCAAAUGCAGUUACUUUAUCGGACAGAUUUUAUAGACCUAAAAUAGCAAUGUAAAUGUAUCUCUUUUGAUAAUUACUAAUUUUUUUACAUUUAAAUUUACUGUGUGCAUUAUGUAACAUUUUCUGAACAAAAUUGUCCUGGUGAAGUUAAUUUUUAUUAAGAAGCAUUUAUUAUAUUUUUAAAUUCUGCUAGUUGCAAAUGCAAAAACCAAAAGACAGUGAUAUGCAAAGUUAAUGGUGCUGUUUUUUUAAAAUAUGCCCCCCAUUUCAACUCUCACUGUUUAAAGAGAUAUCACAUGAACUUAGUUUGCCUGUUACUUAACAGGGGACCCAAUAUGUGUAUACCUACAGUCUAGAUGCAUUUAUAAUCCAUCAAGCACAACUAACACUUCCAUGAAACACAAUUUGGAAAAAGAACUGCUCUGAAAUAGAAACUCAUUCAAAUACAACUUUCAUCUCCCUUAAGGAUUACACUGGUUACAUACACAUAUGCUUUGGAAUCUGUUUCAGAAGGUCAUGAUACUAUGAAUACCUAAUAUGUUUGCUAGAGUUGUAUUAUUUAUCCCCAGUAAUGAAAUAUGUUUAACUGUACCACUGCACUUCUGAAACAUAGCAACACAUACAAAAUGCUGGAGGAACUCAGCAAGCCAGGCAGCAUCUGUGGAGAAGAGUAAACAGUUGACGUUUUGGGCCAAGACCCUUCAUCAGGACUGAGACUAGGACUUAAAAAACCUUAAUUUAUCAGCUCCAGACAUAAAAUGCUGGAGGAACUCAGUCCGGAUGAAUGGUCCCAGGCCAAAGCAUUGACCGUUUAUUCCCCACCAUAGAUGCUGGCUGACUGACUUAUUGAGCUCCUUCAGCAUUUUGUGUGUGUUGCUCAAGAUUUCCAGCAUCUGCAGAAUCUCUUGUGUCUGCCUUAGGCCUCUCCUUUUGUGUGAAACCAUAUUAGGUGCCCAUGUAGUAUAAACAUUCCAUUAAUUUCCAAACCUAAACCAAUAAUGCUGGCUUAUCACAAUGAGAGUAUCUGCCAUAAUUCAGAUUAGUUAUGAUUAAAUAUCAAUUCUCAACACCUCUGCAUAUUUGUAUACAGUAAUGUGCCAUCUAGAACUUGUUACAGGUGAUAAGCAGCAACAGUGCUAACUCAAAAACCUACAGAUUAUGUAGGUGACCCCCACAAAUCUGCAAUGGCAAGCUCCAUGUCAAUUAUGUUAAUUGUCUGUUAAAAUUCUGUUUAAAAAUGGUUAUUGACAAAAUUUAUUGCCCAGGACAUUACCUAGCUUGGUUUCCAGAAAUAUGUCAAAUCUACUUUCUAUCAUCCUUAGCCAAUGUCUCCAUUUAAACCCUCCCUUCGUCAUGUUAAUGCGGCAUAAUCUGUUUCUGAAAAGUAUGCUGUCAAACUCUUCAUAUGGUCGUAAUUUUUAACUUUAGUAAUGUAAUUUGAUCCUUUGCAAAUGUUUAACUUAUAAGUUCACUUGCUUUCUUUAGGUAUUACAACUACCACAGCCACCUUUUCAGUCCUCUAACAUGAAUCUGAAGCUUGUGAUUCCCAUAUUGUUUCUUCCUUCCUUCAGAAUUAUGUUAACUGGUAGAAGAUCCAGUAACCUUCUUAGUGCCUUAAUUCCAGUUAUAUCCAUCCCUACAAUUACCUCCUCAUAUUCAAUUGCAUUUGGCAUGUUUGAUAGCUGUGUUCAUAUACUUAUAACUGCCACUGCUGUGCGAUAGGCGAUUAAGGUCAAAACUAAAUAUUUGCAGAUGAUGGAAAUUUGGAAUCCUCGAACUAUUAUCUUUACAAAGAGUGGUCCAGUUGAUUCUUGUAGGUCAGAAGAUAAAACAACUAUUUUCUGCAACAUCUGCAAUGUCUAUUACCAGAUUAGCCUAACUAUGUAUAAAGGGAACAACAUUUCCAUCAACACUAACAACCAUUAGUCAGAGCCUUUAUUGGAGAGAAUUAAA